CCCACGCACACUGGGUGAUAUUGAGUCAGGAAGUGCCCGGUGCUAAAAUGGCUGCGAAAGAGCAAGUUGCGAGUUUAAACGAGGAAGUAACUUGUCAGAUCUGCCGGGAUUUCUUCACCGAUCCGGUUAUACUUGAAUGUGGGCACAACUUCUGUCGCCGCUGCAUCACACGGCGUUGGGAAAGAGAGGUGAAAAACUCCUGCCCGGAAUGUAAUGCGGAGUUUGCAGGCCGCGCCCUCAAGGUAAAUCCGGCAUUAGGAAGUCUGGCUCUAAAAACUCAGGGAUUAAACCUGAUGCUGAAAGAGAAAGAAAGGAAGCUUCAAUGCGAGGAACAUCAGGAAGAACUGAAGAUGUUUUGUGAAACUGACAAGAAACUGAUCUGUGUGAUUUGUGCAACUUCGCGGGAGCACAAGUCUCACAACUUCAUGCCGAUUAAAGAAGCUGUUGAAAUCUACAAGAAUCAUGUAAAAUCUUCAUUGGAAUCUCUCGCAAAAAAGAAAUCAGAGGUCCAUGAAAUGGCUGAACAACAGAAGCAGAAGAUUUCUGGAGUUCGGGAACAGUCACAGAGUCUGCAGGCUCACGUUAAAUCGCUGUUUGAUGACUUGCGCCAAAUUCUCGCCGAGAGAGAGGAGCGCUUACUGAGAGAGCUCAGGGCGGAAGAGGAGAAAACUCUAAAUCCAAUGGAGAAAAAUCUCCGAGAUAUUCAAGAGAAUUUAUCAUCUAUUCAGCAGAAACUCUCGAAGUUACAGGAGCAGAUUGAUCAACAAGAUAGUGCGACAUUUCUGAAGGAGGAGUCUUGUCAGAAGAGAAGUUUCAGUACGGAAGAACAUGUAUUUUCAAUUUUGGAUGGUGCCCUGCCGGUUAAAACAUUCAGCCACGCAACUUUGUUGAAAGCAGUAUUGAGUGAAGAGUUUAAUUUCAUCAAACAAGUCUCCGUCACCCUAGAUGUGGAAACAGCAGCUUCGCGGCUCGAAGUGUCUGAGGAUCGGAAGAAUGUGAGAUGGACCCGGACCUCAAAGGAUCUCCCUGACACCGGGAAGAGAUUUGAAGACCAGCCUUGUGCGCUGGGAUCGGAGGGAUUCACAUCGGGGAGACAUUACUGGGAGGUGGAGGUGGCAGGGAGUCGGCGCUGGAGUCUGGGAGUCGCCGCAGAGUCUGUGGCGAGGAAAGGAUUGGUCAGACUCAGACCAGCGACUGGAGUCUGGAGCAUCGCGCGGAACAAUGACAAGUUUUUUGCAAACAGUUCCCUUUCAUCCCCUCUCCCUGCCGGUACCAUUCCAGAAAGGGUGCGAGUUUAUCUCAGUUACGAGUCCGGGACGGUCUCAUUUUACAGCGUGGACACCAAGUCCCAUCUUUACACCUUUCCGGUGACCAAAUUCACGGGGAAACUUUACCCAUUCUUCCGGGCUGUGGAUGGAAACUGGCUGAGAAUCUCUUCCGGUUCUUUUCCGCUUCUGUAAGAGGGUUGGGUCCCGGGACCGGCGUCAGUAGUGGGGCUCGGGGUCUGUGCAGUAGAAACCACAUUUUGUAACAGGUUGGCGCUGAACGGGUCCCAUUCGAUUCCCAAAUUCCGCAUUGUAAAACCGGAAAUGAUCUUGGAAAUAUAACUAGUCGGAAGGCUGAAAUAAAAAGUAGUGGAAAAUAAGCGGUUUGACUGAUGUUUGGCGUUGUUUACAUCCAGAAGAUAGGGAAUAUUCAUUUUUCUCUCAUGUUCAAAAUAUAUAUUCCAGGAUUGACUAUUUUUUUAUUGAUACUCAAAUGAUUCCAUCAGUUCGAAUCUAUAAAUAAAAGAGAUUGCUCUUCCA